AUGAUCCCAACCGAGAAGAAGGCCCCGGAUGUGCGGGAAUUAUGGGGUUAUAAGUUCGAAGCGACAGAUCUCCAUCAAUCCGCAGACCAGUUACGUCCGUUGAUGUUCACUUACGACAAGCUCGCAGAUGACUGUCUUGAACGGCUGAAUGAGAUCUCGCCCCCAAAGAAGGUUCCUCGUCCAGUGGUGGCGCAGAAUGAAAAGCCAGCGUCGAAAUCACCAAAAAGAGAUCUAUAUGCUUUGCUUGAGAAACAUCAUGGUGAGGAUCCGAAACUUGGUGAGCUUUGGACACAGAUCAACACUGUCCCCGACUGGGUCGACUGGGAACAGAUCAAAAGGGGCCAGGAUGUAUUUUAUCGUUAUGGGAUGUCGAUGCUGAAUGCGCUCAGCUUCCAGAGUCUACUGGGUGGAAUGGGAGCCGGCCGAGUUGUGGAAACGCUAUCUAGAACUGGUGGGUUCUCUGCGGACGUGGCGAGGCGCAGAAUGCUCGAAACUCUCCAACAUAUCCUCCAAGUAGUCCAAUCUGUGGAGUCUAUGAAACCAGGGGGCGCGGGCCAGACCUCAUCGGUCCGCGUGAGAUUGCUUCACGCUGCCGUUCGCUCUAGGAUAUUGAACCUUGCGAAGCACAAACCUGAGUACUAUGAUGUUGACAAGCUCGGUAUCCCAAUCAAUGAUCUUCACUGUAUAGGAACGAUCAAUAUCUUCUCGACGAGUGUGGUCUGGUCUGGUCUGCCUCGACAGGGGAUUUUGAUCCGUAACCAGGAAAUCGAUGACUAUCUCGCUCUCUGGAGGCUAGUGGCAUAUUACAUGGGCACGCCACAUGAUUACAUGAGUUCCCAAGCCGUGGCGAAGGUCAUGAUGGAGUCUCUUCUGAUGUCAGAGAUCAAUCCCAGCGAGACAGGAAAGGUCCUGGCGCAAAACAUCAUUCUUGGCCUUGAAAACACGGCGCCUACAUACGCCUCGAAGGAAUUCAUGGAGGCCAUGGCUCGACAUCUGAACGGCAAUCAGCUGUCUGAUGAGCUGGGUAUCCCGCGCCCCAGUUUUUACCACCAGGCUCUCAUUUACGGAUAUUGCGUGAUGGCUAUGUGGUUUGCCUACACUCUCAGGCUAUUUCCCUCCAUCGAUCAAGUGUUCAUUGAACUCCGUCGUAAGCGCUACUACAGCAUCUUCACCGACAAGGACAAGGGUCUAGGAGAAGAGACUAUCUUUGAAUUCAAAUAUGUGCCUUUCUAUACCCGCACAACUCGACUAGGGAAACGCAGCAAACCAGAGCAGACUAACUACGGAGUAGAAUUGUUGGCUCGCACGGGUCUUCUUAUCGUGGUGGUCACUGUGGCCAGUCUCUGUGGAGGAGUGGUCUUCGUUGCGCGACAAUUGGCAGGUGGACCAGUGUUUGGCAUUUAG